AAGAAUAUAAUUAUGGUUCACUUAUUGGAGCAAGAUUUUGGUACGUUUAAGAACGAGAUAGUGAAGAAGUACACUUGGCAAACUAAGAGCGGAUUCAAAGUGUCCAUCAUUUCAUAUGGCGCAACUAUUCAAUCUAUUUUGGUACCUGAUAAAGUAGGUGAAUUAAAUGAUGUGGUACUUGGAUUUGAUGAUAUUAAUGGUUACGUGGAGAGAAACGAACCGUAUCUUGGAGCGACUGUGGGUAGAUGUGCAAAUAGAAUUAGGGGCGCUAAUUUUCAGAUAGAUGGCGCUGAUUUUCAAUUAGCAAAGAACGUUUCGGAACACGAUCAUUUGCACGGCGGAUUGGUUGGUUUUGAUAAGGUUAACUGGAAUUCAGUCGUAGACGGAUAUAAAGUUACAUUUAGUUAUUUAUCAAAAGACGGCGAGGAGGGUUACCCUGGAGAUUUGUUAACUAACGUCACUUAUGACGUAACGGACGAUGACGUCAUUAAUGUCCAGUUCAUAGCGACAUCUACAAAGAAAACCGUCAUCAAUUUAACAAACCAUUCGUACUUCAAUUUAGCAGGACAUGAUACUGGAGCUGAAGAACUAUAUAACCAUGUGAUAUCUAUUAAUGCUGAUAGGAUUACAGAAACCACUCCACAGUCGAUACCAACGGGUGGUUUCGUGAAUGUGGGAGGUACUCCCUUUGAUCUUCGCAUCCCAAUACGUUUGGGUGACGUUAUGAAGCAAGGACAGAACUUGUUUGAUGACAAUUUCUGUAUUAAUACAUAUGGAAAUAAGGAUUUGAACUUCGUAUCUCGGGUAAGUCAUCCGAGGUCAGGUCGUUACUUAGAAGUGUAUAGUGACCAGCCAGGAGUUCAGCUGUACACAGCCAACUUCCUGCCCUUCCCUGACCAGGAGGCUCUGGUGGGGAAGUCAGGAGUUGGGUAUAGACGUCACGGAGCUUUCUGCUUGGAGACUCAGAACUAUCCUGAUGCUGUACAUCACCCUAAUUUCCCAUCUCCUAUACUGAAGCCAGGAGAUAUUUAUAAACAUAAAGUUACGUAUAGAUUCGGUACGGAAAAAUAUAAUUACCCUCAAGUGGUUAGUGCUUAGAAUCCAAAAAAUUGGUUU